GGUCCGGUCCAAUCUUGUAAACAAAAUGCCUUACCAGUCUUCUAUUGGGCCUUUACACUAGUUUGAUCUUGAUUAACUUGAGUGGUAGCAUUCUUUUAUUUUUUUUGUGGUACUUGUUUUGUCUGGUCAUGGCUCCUUUGACGUGAUGAAAAGUUCGACGUCUUGCAACUCAAGUUCGGUCAAGUCGGGUUCAUCUUCUUGAAGCUGCUUGUUGGGACGAGGCUCGAUAUGUUCAAGCUCUGGAUUCGGCUUUGGUUCUUUAAACUUGAUUUGGAUGUCUUCAUCAAAGGGUUGAGCAUUUGACUGGUGGGUCACCGCCUCAACAGUAAGUCCUGGGCUAAAAUGGAUGAACUAGGAUUCAAAGUGCCUUAUCAUUACGGGCUGACAAAACCCUACGGUCCAGGAACACCUAACUGUAUGUGGAAACCCAAAUGAGAUUCUCUUUAUUUGGAUGAGAGGACAAAGUUAAGGGAUAUACAAGGAGUGCAUCAUUCAUUCAUUUGGGUAUAAAACCUCGACAGGGAAAGUAGAGAAGUAUCUGCUGAGGAAUAGGGAUAAUGAAACGGGAAGCUUGUGAUCUACGUCAUUAAAGAAACAUAAAUACUUGUAUAAAAUGAAGAAACAAAUCAGCUAUGGAUAUGGAAGUGCUAUAAUUAGAUUUCUUACGCGGAAAUGCCAACCAUUUUGUACCUCUGAAAGAUUCUAAUUUUAUAGGACAUUAAAAAAGAGAGAAGGCAAUAGAAUAUUCUACCGUGUCUGAAACGAGUCCAAUUCGUAGGAAGCUUUCAAAGACAAUCCUAAUUAUCUGUUAUUUUUUAAAAUCUCUUUUCUUCUUUCUUCUUUUUCAGUUUCUCCAUUAUAAAAACUGCAUCGUGGGUCAGAACCUCUAAACAUCAUCAACUCAUCUAAGAAGAAGAGGAAGAAAAGGUUUUAUAUAUUUUUCCAAGAGAUUAAAGAUUGUUAACUUUCGUGAUCUAAAAUGGCAGCUAACGACGCUGGAAGGCCGUUGCCAAAAUUUGGGGAAUGGGAUGUGAAUGAUCCGGCGACGGCGGACGGAUACACGGUGAUAUUCAGCAAAGCCGGUGAAGAUAAAAAGACGGGACGGAGUUCGACCAAGACCAAUUCCCAGAGGAAACAAGACGGUGAUAAACCAGCGGUCAAGAAAUGGCUCUGUUUUACCUUCUCUUGAUUUUGUAUUAAAUUCUAAUAUAAUCCUAAGAGAGAGUUUAGCUUUGAGCCUAACGAGCCUUUGAGAACUUUUAGUCAUCUAAUACAAAAGAUUCUUCCUUUUUGUUUUCUUAUGAUGUAUUUUUAUGCAUUGGGUAAUAAUACGUAUAGAAUCAACAAAACUUGUAAUUCUUGAUAUGUGAUUAAAGAAUGAAAAGAUUUAAUGAAAUGAUAAUAUUGAAGCAGAAUAGUUGAUUUUGAGGUGAACGCCAAGCUCUUAAACAUCUUUGUUUAGAUACACACAAAAUAUUUUCUUCUUCCUUACAAAACCGUUUGUUAAUUUAUACUCUCUUGAUUUGGUCUGCAAAACAAUGUCUUGCAAGGGUUUAGUGGGAAAAAGGAGAAAACAAUUGUGGUAUGUAAAGAACAUCGGCUACAUUAGAACAUCGGCCACAUUUGCCUCCAAAUAUUGUUGGGUUUAGGGGUUUUGCCCAUAAACUUGUACAAACAGUAAAGAAAACGUUUUAC